GCGAUCGCCAUCGGUGCGACGGCGCGAUGACGAUCUCGACGAACGGAGACAGAGAGCGCUACCCCACCCCCCCGCCACUCCAGUCAAUCGCUCUCCAGGGUUGUGACGUCUCUUCAGGCGUGACCCCGAGGAGCGCGAUCGGCGCAGACGUCGCCGCGGUUCGUUCGGCGUCGUUGCCGCAACUGACGAUGAAAAUGCCGCGAUCCAAGGUGUAUCGCAAGACGUCCCUCAAGAAUUCAUCUCUCAGGUCCGAGAUGGUCGACCACAUCAGCGCCGGUGGAAGGAACGGCGUGCGAUACAUGAGCGCCGCCGCGGAGAAGAGGAAGAACAUCGCGUCGGAUGGAGUAGACACCGACGCCGUCCAUAUCACACGCAAUCCUUUGCCGUAUCCGUACUCGACGCCGUCGGCGACAAUCAUCACCACCACCAUGACGAUCAGCACCACUACCACUACCACUACUACCACCACCACCACCACUACCACCACUACCACCAACAACAAGAAAACGACGGUAGAGAGCGACGAGGAGCCCAAAAGCCGCAGCUGCGGCAGUUUCCUACCGAUACUAUCCCUGAUCCCGCAUUCAAUUAUCAGCUUCAAAUAUCUCAGUCCGAAAAUGAAGUUCUCGUGGUGGCGGAACAAGAUCUCGUGAAGGCACGCGUAGAUGCCCACCGUCGUCGCUGUCGACGUUGUGCGUCGCGACGCCACCCCGACUUGUUUUAUGGAGGAGACAUACCUCUUUCUUACCUCUCGUAGCGAGCUCUCUUUCUCUCUUUGCUUGUACACAUAUGUACUUUUCUCCCCUCUCUCCUUCUAUGUAUCUUAUUUCCGACCAGUCUUCAAUUAGAGGAAUCCCGAAAGCAUCGUGCAUUAGCAGAUUCACCGACUGACGCGUUGACUGCUCGCGUAUUGAAAUGCACGAGCUGCUACAGCUGUAACUUUCGCAGUUAUGAAAUUUCUACUGUCGGAAAGAUGCAUACACACGCUACACAUACAUACACACUCACAUACAUAGAUACACACCUCGUUAAAGUAAACGCAUUACAUUGAGGAUAAGUGUUACAUGUUCGUGAUGGUUCCUCUUUUGACGAGUUUCCGCGCAUAAGCAUAAGGCUUGGUUCCUUAAAAUGUUUUUUCGAACGUUUGACAAUUUCAAUAAUUUUACGUGAAGGUACGACCGUUCGAGAUUCCAAGAUCUAAGACUAUGACGAAAUGUGAGACUUAAGGAACCAAACUGAGAUUUUCUACGGGAAACACUGUAACUUUUGUAACACAACGCUCUCCCAGUUCUUUCAACUUGCCGAAGAAAAAUUGUUUAUUAUAUAUAAUGUAUAUAUAUAUGUAUAUAUAUAUAUAUAUAUAUAUACGCAUACGACGCUUUCCAUGCGUCAUCGGAUCCUCUAGUCGAUCAAAGUUCCUCCCUUGUACAAUGCGCUUUUAACUUGUAUAAUUUUUUUUUUCUUUGAAAAUCUGCAGAGACCGUCAUCCCUGUAGUUUGCCCCUUGCUCUAGGAUAUAUCUAGUAUGCAGGUAUGCGAACAUUCCGGAAUCUAAACUGCGUGCCACUUCAGACCGAGUGGUCGUGCUUGACGAGUUAAGAGUUUUUUUUUUGCAUCACUACGCUCAUCCUACUUCUUUUCUUACUUCUCGUCGAAAAUACUAGAAGUAUUCCAAGAACCUAGAGUACCUAAGUGAGACGCAAACAUUUCUCUGUAAUAUCCAAGAAUCUAAAGACCGUAGAACCUAAGGAUCCACAGUUCCUAGAAUCUAACACCUAAAUGAUCCAAAGAUCCUAGAAUCUAAGUACGCAAAGAUCCUAGAAUGUAAGGAGAUUCAAAGAUUCUUAAAAUUUAGGGAGACACUUCAACAUUGUUAGAGCGUAAGGAUUCCAGGCUAUUUCGCGAGGAUGCGAGAUCCAAGAGAUGAAAUCGCGCAUCCUCGAAGAUUCUAGAAUGUAAGGAUUCAAAAAGAGACAUUUAUAAAAUCUAAGCGUCUAACGAUCGGAUAUAAUAUAUCUCCUCUACUAAUUGGAAUUUCUUUUUGGGCGAAUUUCUGUAAUUAUAGCACCGUCAUGGGCGGUCAAUUUUAUAUAAAUACAUAUAUAUAUAUAUAUAUAUAUAUAUAUAUAUAUAUAUAUAUUCUCGGCUGCAAUUAUCACAUAAUUGUCGAAAUAUACAGCCGGAGAAUAUACAUAUAUGAAAAGAAGAAUAUGUUGAGAAAGCUUUACGUUUUACGUAAGAUUAAAAUACAACAGAGAGAAAAAGAGAUAGUUGGAUGUCUCGACGACUGAUCUCUGAAUUCCCCGUUGAGAUGAGAGUCGCUCGAGAUACGCUGGAAGAAGAGAAAGACAUUUGUCGUCUAUUUUGUUAUAUACGCAUCAACAAGCCAACUUGCGUGAGAGAGUCACGCGAGAGGAGGGCGAGGAUCGAUCUCGUCGUCGGUCGUCCUCGUGGUUUCAGGAAAACGGUACCGGAGUAGCCGUCGGUACGUCUGUCCGCCGAAAUGGAGAGACCCGUGCAUCGCGAUGCGAGAUCUAGUUUAAUCGUCGAGGCGAUAAUUUUUCUUUUUUUUUUUUACAGCUCUCUUCAUUUUCGUUCAUAUUUUAAGUUCCUGCGUUUUCUAACGUUUCUACGUUGGUCAGCGUGACGAUUAUCCCCGUUUAUGAACAGACGAAGGUGCGUACAAAGAUAUUUGUUCGUAACUUUCGACGGUUAAGUCGAGCCCGACUAUCUAACAUUACAUGCUAGAUCGAUUAGCAACCCGAUGGACCCGUUUCUCGCUGUAAUUCUUUUAAUUAAUCGACGAUCUUGGUUCCCUAUCUUAUUUUUUUCCCUUUUUUUUUUCGGAAUCGACAGAGUGAUACGUUACUGUUGCUGCGACGACGGACUCGAAGUUAUUGUUCGUCGAGCAACAUUUUCGCGUCUCCUGUAUGCUUUCCGAUUUUAAUAAAGUCAUUUUAUGUGAACACGUAUCUUCCGUUGUAUAUUCUUUAUUUUAUUGAGUUACCUUUCUUCCUCUGUUUUCCUUUGUUAUUAAUUAAUAUCUUAAAUAUUUAUUACACACUCAUUUGUAAAACUUCUUCUGCAUUGUUUCUUUUUUUUUUUUUGUUUCAACUAAAGGAUCAUGUUGUUGCAAUCGAGAUAAUUUCUCGAUUUUACGCGUCGCCGAUUUACAUUUUAUGAUAGAAGCGAGGAUAUUGUAAAUAGUCGCGAAAUCAGUGUGAUACUUUGCUUAACUAUUUUUUUAAAACGUUAUACUUUGCAAUCUUUUUUUACGAAAUUUGACUUGUUAUUCUCUAUAAUAUAUUUUAUAUUAAUAACGAUUUUCGUCUCCCGUAUUGUCAAUGAUCAUUAGAUUCAGCGACUUCUAUUGAAUAGGUGAAUAAGAUCAAUCGAUGUGCGAUAAUAGGAUAAGCGCGGUUAACGAGAGAGUACAAAUAAUUAAUCGAUAUAAAGAAGUUAAUGAUUAAAUUUUAAUCGAUAGCGAUGUCGACAGGAUAGAAAGAGAGGAAAAAAGAAUACGCUGUAACACAACAUCGUGAAGUGUUACUUUCAAAAGCAUUACUAUUCGUUGCUAAUAGAUCACUGUUGCAUGCUAAAAGUAAAUAAAUUUUUGUGUAAAAUAUAUCUAUAUGAAAUAAAGAUUAUAUUUAGUCAAU